AUGCGUUCUGGGUCUCGGGGUGCCUGCAGAGGAGGCCGGGGCGUGAGGGCUCGCCCCACCGAGGUCCUCUGCCCAAAGGAGGGGUUUUCCAAAGACGACUCGUGCCAGAGGGACAGUGUCCAAGCUGCAGCUGAUGGCAAGGUCCUGCAUCUUCCUGCCUUGGUGCUUUUCACCCGAAGCGCGGAGAGCCCCGUACGGCUGCACGUCCCGGCAGCCCACGGCGGGACGGUCGCCGUCCUCAUGGGCGUUGCGUUCUUACACACUUGCAGGAAAGGCUCGGUUUUGUCGACGUGCAGCUGCCAGGAGCGGAGCCGGGUGGCCGUGACGUGGCAGCACCCGCGGCGCAGCGCGAAGCCCCUGCUGUGGUUCAUUCUGGAGUGUCUUUCUGCAGCUCGAUAUAGCCAGGAGUACCAAUUUUUUUGGCAGAAAGUCCCCAAGCAGGACACACUCGCGUACAUCCAGGAAGAGGCAGCAGCGGGAAGCCAUAUCAACGUGUCGGUAUACGCAGUCUACCCGGACGGAGUAAGCAAACCGUGCUCUGGCCAAGUUUUUCCGGAGGAACACUUCCUGGACAGCACCUACAGUCAGACUUCCUACGAUGAUGACAUUGGAGCUUUUUUGGGACUGGGUGUCGGUGUGAUCAUAUUGUCACUUGCUUUUGUAAUUCUGAUGUUUAAAAAGUCAGCUAGAAAAAGAAUUAACACAAUAGUUGUGUCGCUAAUGCCAAAGUGGCUGUUUGAAGAUUUUCCCCACGUGGAAAACAGCAAUGUGAUAAAGUCACUCCAGGAAAAGAGUGAAUUCACAAGUAACAGUUUCAGCGAGCCGUUCUCAGAUAACAGCAAUCCCACAAUUAUGGAAAUAGAGGAGAUGUCGGUGCACGAGGAAUACAAGACCGUGGACAUCAGAAAGAAACACAGCAAAGCGGAUCCUGAGAAGACGGCGUGCCCGCAGAGCUCCCCGCCGGCCAGCACCGCAGCCACUGAGCUGGUCAGCGACUACAAGCCUCAGCUUUCUGACGGGAACCCAUUGGGAUAUGUAGCUGCCAACAUUUACCAAACACAGCCCCACACGCUGGCUCCAGAACUAGAGACAAAUGUUUUCUGCAAGGAUUAUACGAGUCCUGUUACUUACUUGUGGAAUGCCGAAGGAACAGAGCAGCAUGCUUUUCUGCUGGAAAAGAUUAAUCUAAUUUUAAACAACAAUAGGAGUGGGCAAAACAAUGCGUUCAAUUCAGCACAGGAGGAACAAAAUAGCCUUUUGGAAAAUCAAUGGGAAAAAACACUGUCUAGCGAAAAUGCUCAAGAACAAACAUUGGUGCCAGAUGAGUUGGUCUCUUGCUUGAGAGCAAUGAAUGAAGAAUCUGUGGAUAUAAAGAUCUGUUUUCCACAAAGCACUGGCAGAUUAUUUUGA